UACGUAUCUAUAAGGUCUAUGGUCUAUGCGCGUGACGUAGGUCACGUAGGUGACGUAGGUGACGUAUAUUUAUGUCGAACACAUGUGCAGUUUUGGCGGUAAUUCGAAUCGAUAAAGAGGACAGCUUUGAAGCAUUUCGAGCAACUUGGAGAUAGGAGCCAGGGAGGAUACUGGGACAGAUAUAAUUUUUGGAGGGCAGCAACUUGUGUAGAAAUGAUUGUUAAAAUCGAAAAGAUAAUAAGCUGCUCCUCGGAACAUCCGCUAUAUCCUGCCGCCAAUCUUCUUCAACGUAAUUCCGAAAACUGGAAAGCUACGUGGCGAUGUAGCAAACCAGGUGAAAUGCUGGCACACGUCAUCUUUCAGCUCGCUGAGCCUUCCUAUGUUACGGGAGUCGAUAUUGGCAAUUAUCAGAGUUGCGUCGUCAUUGUCACUGGAUCCACGUCCGCGGAACCUGACAAUUGGACAGUUAUCGUCAACCACAAGUUCAUGACCAACGAUGAAGCUGCAAAUGACAAGUUUAAGGAUCAAGUUCAAUUGUUUACUAAAAGAGAAUUGAAUCCGGAUACCUUGAAGAUCAAAUUUGAUCGAAUCAAAGUUACCUGCAUGCAAUCGGCCAAUUUGAAAGUGUUGUUUGGAUUAUCGUAUGUCAUUUUAAGAUCAGAUUCCACCGUUGAUUUAGGCUUGGAUGCAUUUGGCAAGUUUAAAUUUAAACAACCGUGCGUCGUCAAGACCCCCAUGGAAAUGAUGAAAGAAACGAUCCUUGGCAAAGCGGAAGAUACAAAGACGGAUUAUAGGGAAGAAUUGCGCGAGCGAAUCAAGAAAAAUUCGAUGGAGAAUUUCGCCAAGUGUCAAGAGGGACAGAAACUUGUGAGGAGGCCGUUGUUAGAAAAGUUGGAAGCUGGAGAAGCCGAUGAAGUUUUUGGGAAACGUGAUAAGACCCAGCCGCAACGCCUGAAAGAUCAGAGAGACAAUAUCUGUGAUAAGUUAUUUAAUCAAAGUCCCAAAAAUACCACAAAUAUAGCCAAUGAAAAAGUGGUGAGAACACCUUUUGGAGAUGUUGUACCUCCGCGAAACGCCGAUACUAAUAAAAAUAAUAUGAAAGAUCCUACUCAAAGUCCUUCGACUUCUAAGAAACGCUCUUUGAGCGAAUUGGAUAAUUCGCCAAGUGCGAAACACAGUGAAAGAAAGAAACAAAGGUGCUCCGAAUGUUGCGCAGGCUCGCAAGAUCACCUAUGUACGACUUGUCGACGAUUGCCACAGCCCAAAGACAUCGAGAAUGCUCGUCCUCCUUCGAAAACAAGCGGCAACGUUCCUGCAAAACUGAAAAAACUGAAAAAACCGUUUAAAGAAUUGUUCAACGACGUUACAUUCUCCCUCAGCGGAUACGUCAAUCCACAGAGAGACGAAAUUAGAAGAAAGGCUCUUACUAUGGGUGCCAGAUAUGUUCCUGAUCCAAAUACAACUAAUAAAAAAUGCACUUAUUUGAUAUGUGCUUUUAAAAAUACUCCAAAAUACCAACAGUUCAAAAAUCACACGAAAAUUGUUUCUCAUACUUUCAUCGAGGAAUGUUUUGAUAAAAAAACGAGAUUUUCUUGGAGGCGAUACGCUUUAGAUCAAAAAGAUAAAUUGCAGCCCGAGAGCGAAGAAGAAAUUGAUGGUGAUCGAUCGGAAUCUGUAUAUGAUAUGGACACCGAUGCAGAUUCAGAUUAUUAAUAUUUCAGUCGAAUUACAUUAAUUGUAUUAAUAUUGAUAUAUCGAUUGGUCUCCUGGUCUCCUUUAAUAUUUAUAUGUAGGUAUAUUGAACAAUCGAUAUAACUAGCAUUUUCUUUAAAUUCUCAAAGAAAUAUAUUUUUUUAUAGAUGCACAUAUUUGACACAUUUGGUACAAUCAAGAGUACGCUGGCGCGAUUAAAACUAAAUUUUUUGUAAUGCUAUGAAAUUGGAUAUAUCAAAUAUGAUUGUAUCAAAAGUUGGAAGAUGAAAAAACGGCAAGGUUUCGUUAAUAAGACAAUAAAAGGUUUUAAACCUGAUAAAGCUUUUAAAUAUUUACAGAUUUGAAUAUACAGGUUAUAAAAGAUGGAAUGUCACGUUUUGCUACAGACAUUUUAGAGAGAGUAAAAAAUUAAUUUGUCAAUCAUUGUACGAUAAAAUUAAUUGUGUGUACAUAUAAAAUUAAAGAUCAAAAAAACACAUUGCAUGUGUCUCCA